CAUUUUUACUGUAUUGACAUUACAGUAGUCUCUCGUUAGCAUCUUGUAUGCUACUUUCGCAAAGUAACGCAUGCGCAACUCACAGCUUCACGCCUUGUAAAGUGACGCAUGCGCGACUCAAAGCUGCACUCGCCUUGCAUCGGCCAGUGACAGCCUGCACCGCCAAAUAUUAGCAAACAAGAAGACGUCGUUGAUUCCCCGCAGACACGACUGGAGCUAAGGACGCUGUGGACAUUUUUGAACCGAAGCUCAGCGGCUAGCUAUGGGGGGGGCCAGCAAGUGUGAUGAUGGCAGCGGGGGGGCGGGGUCACAGCACGGUGGGCGUGGCCAGGACGAUGAUAGGCGGCCUAUAAUUGAGAAAGACGAAGGCAGAAGACAGAGCUCUGGAGAGACAGCGCACUGUCCCACCUGCCAGGGUACUGGACGUAUACCCAGAGGUCAGGAGUGCAAGCUGGUGGCUGUCAUCUCCUGUAAUGACCAGAGGCUGAGACCCAGACACACGAAGCUCUACGUAGCUGUGUCUGUCGGUGUGUGCCUCCUGGUCAGCUCCUUGGUGUUGUUCUUCCUGUUUCCUCGCUCUGUCCUCCUGUCUCCAGUAGCCGUCCAGUCGUCCUUCGUUUACUUCACGGACGACUACGUCCAGAUUAACAUCACGAAUGUCCUGAACGUCACCAACCACAACUUUGCCACGGUGCACGCCUACAACCUGACGGUGCAGGCCCUGAACUUCGACACGGUGGUGGGAACGGUUUCCAUCAAGAACGUCACGUCUGUCAAACCUCUGUCCGUCAUAAUGUACUCCUUCGUGAUCCCCAUCAGGCUGAAAGACCCUGACCUGAGGAACUACUGUAGGAAAGCAUCCUUGCCGGUCCACAUUCUGUAUCUGCACUUACAGAUGUCGUUGACCGUGUACUACCUGGUCCACUAUGAGCAGCUCUCCCUGGAGACAUACGAGUACAUCGACUGUGGUGCUAACAGCACCAUACCACACAGUGUGCAGCCUCCACCACCCUGAUGGAUGGAUGGAUGGACGGACGGAUGGAUGGAUGGAAUGGAUGGAAAGGAAAGAUGAAUCUGAGUGACUAAAUGAAGAAUAAACUAUUUAUGCCCUAUUGUAAGAGAAAGAUGAGUUCAAGUGCACCAAUCUCACCGUCUCUACCUUC